UUUAAGGUCAGUUCGGUACAGUUUGAUGACGUAUUUUUUCGAUCCUUUUGUGUGUUUCUUAUGCUGUUAUAAGACUUCUUGUUAGUUGACUUCCAUGGCACUGUUACAGAGAGGCUGUGCAUUGUUGCUGACCCAUGCACAUGAACUGAAUCGGAGACUAUUCAGCAUCACAGCAGCUUGCACUGCAAUUCAGAAAAUGACUAGAGUUCGUGUGGUGGACAAUAGUACACUGGCAACCACACCCUACCAUCGACCUCCAAGAUGCAUUCAUGUGUACAACAAAACUGGAGUGGGCAAAGUUGGAGACAAAAUACUGUUGGCAAUCAGGGGGCAAAAGAAAAAAGCUUUAAUUGUAGGUCACAAAAUGCCAGGUCCUACAAUGUCACCCCGGUUUGACUCUAACAAUGUGGUUCUCAUUGAAGACAAUGGAAAUCCAACAGGGACAAGAAUUCGAGUGCCUUUGCCUUCCAGUCUCCGAAAGCGAGAAGGGGAGUUUUCCAAAGUGCUGGCUAUUGCUCAAAAGUUUGUAUGAGAGUUGAAAAUACAGAAGGCAUCCACUGGACAUGAGCUUAAAAAGAUGUAUUGCUAGAUACUACCUUUUUGUAAAGCACCUUGUGUAGUAGUAGAACACACAGAAGACUGACUUUGAUUUCACUGUUUCAUCGUCUGUUUCACUUUGGUUUUAAUGUAAUCUAGAUGUAAACCUCUUUUCUAAAUGAUGGAAAUAUUAAAACCGAGCACUGUUUUUUUUUUUU